ACUUACCAGUUUGAGCGCUCACAAGAUAAAGAAAUGCCUCAAAUAGAAAAUAUCUAAUUUCAAAGUUGCAGCACUUGGAUUCAGAGGGGCUAAUGCAUUAGAAUGCCCCCUUUGAAUGUGUGGCGUCUGCACAGAUCUAAUGAUUUUAAAUCUUUUACUUAAAUGUUUGGUAGUGCAUGGUGGUAUAUGCUGCUUUGCAUAGCAUAACAUAACAUAACAUGUAUUGUAUUCCAUGUAACAGCAGGCCACUUUGGCCCAACGAGGUUACAGAUUGUGACUGAAUAGCUCAUCACUGGUUGCCCUGCUGGAUCCACCAACCACUGUGACCUGCGGCUCCGGUGGUAUCAGCGAUGGGAGACGCCGGCGGGGAGUUGCAGUAUGAGCCGCUGCCGUACCGGGACCUGUGGCCGGUGGUGGACGAGCUGCUGCCGCCGCUCUCCAGGCCGGACGCGGAGCCGGGCGGCGCGGCGCAGUCGACCGAGGCGCUGCUGGACGCCCACCUGCUGCUGGAGGCGCCGUUCGCUGCCGGCGGCGACCCGCUGGAGCUGGUGCUGGCGCCACCCGAGGCGGCCGAGCCGGCCGGCGGACGCGCCGCCCGCCUUCUCUACGGGAGUGUCAGCGCUGACGGUGACCGACUCGUGCUGCGCUUCCGGCUGAGCGACGAGACUGGCCAGCCGGAACGCAGCGGGCUCUGCAGCCUCUGUGACGGGCACGUGGACCUGUUCCGCGCGCACGAGCACAGCGUCCAGGGCCGGUUCGUGCUCUCCGGCGACUGUGUGGUGCUCGAGGUGGGCGCGGUGGCCACUCAGUGCCAGCCGCCGCCCGCGCCACCUCAGCCUCAGACUGAUCCUGGUCUGCACACGCCGCCGUCUCACCCGCCGCCGUCGCAACUGUCGGCCGCGUUUCAUGCAAUGUCCACGCCACCGAAGCCACCGCGGCCUCAGCAGCAGCCACAACAGCAACAGCAACAGUCAUUUCUGCAUCAGCAGCAGAAACAGGAGCACUCGCUCCCUUAUCAGCAACAUCAACACCAGCAGUCACUCCCACAACAGCUGCAGCAGUUACCUGUACAGCAGCAGCAGCAGCAGCAGUCACAUUCGCUACAGCAGCACUUACAACAGCAUCAUCAGAAUCCAGUGGUAUCAGCUCCGUCACAGCUGCCGCUGCCUUCAGUCUCCCACCAACCUGCACUGAAGUCAUCGCCACUGCCUCCGCCGCAGGACGUCAAAGAUGAGACUGACGGUCGGUGUCCGCCGCCCACUCAGCAGGAGCAAGAGGAAUGUGAACCCGAGCCUGUGCCAGAGCCUGCCCCGGUAGAGGACGACAAGCCGACGCACGUGUGUCACGUCUGUCAGAAGGCGUUCAGAACACGCCGCGUGCUCAACAAACACCUGCUGAGUCACGGCAGUGCCACCCACGCGUGUGACCAGUGUGAGAAGACGUUCACUCGUCUGGACCGGCUGCGGCGCCACCAGCAGAGCCACGGCUCCGUGCGGCCGCACGUCUGUCCCAUCUGUCAGAAGGGCUUCAACCGGCGCGAGUACCUGCUGCAGCACUCGCGGGUCCACUCGGGCGACCAGCCGUUCCAGUGUGAUGUCUGCGGACUGCGCUUCAGCAUGCACUCCAACUUCGCCAUGCACAAACGAGUGCACGCACAGGUGAAACGUUUUAAAUGUGGUGUGUGCGAUCGGGGCUUCAACCGAAUGAGUCACCUGGACUCUCACAUGAGUCAGCACACGGGUGACAAGCCGAUGGUGUGUGAGAAGUGCGGCCUGCAGAUACCCACUGCCGAGCGGCUGCGGCGGCACAUGCUCGUCCACCAGGAGGAGAAGGCCUUCGCCUGCCCCGUCUGCGCCCAGCGCUUCCGCAGGAAGGACAAACUGGACGCGCACAUGGAGAAGCACGCCACCGGGCCGGGCCACGCGUGCGACCAGUGUCCGCGGGUGCUGGCGCGGGCCGAGCUGCUGCGGCGGCACGCGCGCCAGCACGCCGACCCAAACAAAGUGCAGUGUCCGACGUGUUACAAGUUCUUCAGCGGCGCGGCGCGGUACCAGGCGCACGCCAAGCGACACCGUCCGCCAGUGACGGAGCCGGCGCCGCAUCACUGCGGACUCUGUCUGAAACCCUUCCGCCGACCUAGCGUUCUGCGGGCGCACAUGAAGGCCGUACACGACCGUCCGCUGCCGGGCCCGACGCGGCUCAUCAACAGCCGCCCGCUGGCCUUCCAGUGCCACCUGUGUAAGCGCGCGUUCACACGCCAGCAGACGCUGCGAGCGCACAUACAGCGCGUGCACGAGGAGCCGGCGCCAGUGGACGAGGACGACCCGGCGGCGGGCGAGCUCCCGGCGCCGGCUGAGAGCGAGCAGCCGCAGUCACAGCAGCAGCAGCCGCAGCUGUCGGCCGCGUCGUUCAUGUUGUCCUUCCCGUCGUACCCGUUCUGACCGGACGGGGACUGGUGAGUGGUGAGUGGCUUCGUUCGCUGUGGGGGAGGUAUAUACUUUGACUGUCUGGCGGCUGUCUGUCUUUGUGACAGACUGUCGGUGUACCAUGAUGUCACUGCCACACAGCAGAAGUCACUCUGUAUUACAGUUUUGCCCGUGGUACGUGUCUGAUCACGGUUUUGUGCCAAGGGGAGGGAGGGGGUUAGAGGUUUGUGAAGCGGUGUGAUCGUUUUCAGUCAUGCAGCUCUUUGUUUGAUCUCUGUGAAGCAGGAUGGAUUGUAGUGUUUGAUACGAUGGGCCUUUUUUACGGCGUCUCAGCACAAUGUGUGGAUGAAGGCUUUUGUGCAUGGGUUAUGGCAGUUGUAACUUGUAAAACGCUUUGUCAUUUUGAGCCUUCUUGAAUGGCUAUUUUCGAUGUGGUUUGAGUACUUUCUGAGAGUCAACAAUUCUAAGUCAGAUAGGUGACUGCCAUUGGUAUUUAGGGCUUGGCAAUCUGUGUUGUGUUCAAUUUGUAUGGUUUGUGUCAUUUAGACAAUAACAAUGAAUUCAUAA